AAGUCACAGGAUGCGGCUGAGAGUCUCGUUUACCACGGGAUAACAGUGACCAGUUGGAUACAAUGUCCAGUUAGAUCCAGAGUGUGUUGACGCUGUGUGCCCUGCUGCGGGAGGUCACAAACUGACCAUGACGAGCACCUUGACCCCUGGGGAUGCGGACAACCCCACCCUCCGCAAACACAGGGUCGGGAUCUACGGCUGGAGAAAGCGGUGUCUCUACGGCUUCAUCCUCGUCAUCUUCGCCAUUCUCAUCAUCAACAUUGCUCUCACCGUCUGGAUCAUUCGCGUUAUGGACUUCUCUAUCCGAGGGAUGGGCCGAUUACAAAUCAUUGAGAAAGGCGUACGAGUGAACGGCGAGGUGGAGUUCCUUGACUCUUUGUACACGUCAUCAGUAAAAACCAGAAAUGGGGAAAAUUUGUAUGUGGAAUCCAGUGGGGAUGUUGUCAUACACGCCAGGGAUCACCUAGACAGGAUCGCGAACGAAAUAAAUAUAAGUAACGGCGAAGUAAAAUCAGUGUGUGAAAAUUUCGUCAUUAAAGACAAAAAUGGGAAAUUGCGUUUUGGUGUUAACAAAAACGGUGUUACUCUGGGCCAAGAGAAUUUAAAUGUAGAAGGUCUGUCUGUGGACAAGAUUGUACAGUCUCCCAUAAUUCGCGGACCCAGUCGAGAAUCAUUAAGAGUUGUGUCUGUAACGCGGGAUGUCAGAGUUACGGGCCCUGCUGGCGUAGAACUCAGGGCUCCGGCCGGCAAGAUACAUCUCAACAGUUUAAAUGACAUACUUAUAACAUCCAAAGGUCAAGGGAUCCGCUUUGAUGCUGAGAAAAUGUACCUGAAAAACCUUCCGCUGGGUAAUCCGCCCAUCGCCGGAGAUCCGCCCGUCGAAGUGUACCAGCUGUGCGCUUGUAAGGAUUCCGGACGUCUAUUUCUGGACAAAGUUGACGGACCAUGUACAAACACAGCCUCCAUCUGUAGUUAGUUCUCAACGGAACGAGGGACAGGCUGCGGCGUAUAGACACUACGCAUAGUAUUCCCAUUCUGGAUCAAAAAAGGACUGGAUUGAAGGCCUCACUCUGUGACUGGAGGAAUGAAGUUCCGUCUGUGAAAUGAAGUUUGUGUGUAUGACAGAUUUGAUCAGAGGUAUACAUGUACGUGUAUAUCAAAGUGUGGUAGAGUUAAGCUCUAGUAUCUCAGAGUUUUACUCUAGCCUCUGAGAGCUCUACUCUAGUAUAUGUAUGUAUGUAUGUAUGUAUACCAUAAUUGGUCAGGCUUAUGACAUGAUAAAUGACAUUGUUAGACCUAAUACCACAGUUAUACCAUGAUACCGAACUUAUACCAUGGUGAAUGACAAUACAUCCCAGUGGUCACAAUGUAGCAGACUUGUUCUGAAGUGUUAAAACAAGAUUGAUUAAGAUCACUCUACGAAUUAGGGUUAGCUAAUUUACAAUGGGUCGAAUUUUUACCUCGAUCGGUCAUUUUUAUCACAGCUGUUCAAAGUUAUAGCUCGAAGGGUUUAAACACCAAUACCAUGGUGACUCACAGCGGUACCAUAGAGGGACAUACUCGUAGAUGUGUCACGGUGGGUCAGGUGUAAGUUAACGGACUCGAUUUAUACCAACGUGGAACAAACCUAUACCCUAAGGGCACACCUCUUUUCACGUUGUUUCAUAUGUUUGCCAUACAUCUGUAGUAUUACAAGUCUAUAAAUAUCUUUUGAUCGAACGGACCACUGCACCGUUUAAAAAUUUUAAAUCAAUGUUGGGCCAUCGUUUUUCUUGUCAGACUCUGUGUCAUUUGUAACCACACAGCAAUAGCUGGCCUUUUAGUAACUUAGAAUCCAGUGAAAGUUCGAUCUCCAGUACCCUGAUAUCUGUUGGUCCAGUUAUUUAUGUUUGUUCGUUGUUAGGUAUUCUUGACAUUUUUAUUUUUGUCUUGUUUUUCACAUCGACUAACUUCUCAUGAUGUUGUAUAGAGUGUAUUUUGGGUGCACAAAAAUAA